GCUUGUAUAUAUAUCUACACACAUCACGGUAUCGUAACAAAGUACAUAUAUUUAUGUACGUAUACACGUCGCGAAUCGCUAUUUCAAUUUCUCUGUUUUUUGUUCGCCACAAAAAUCAACGUCAAUCUUGCGACUUUCGAAAAGACUGUGUCACAUCGAGAAUCUUUCUCAAGAAUUCGGAAGCAGUCCGAAACGGAGCGAGUUCGCUAAUUGUUCUCGGCACGACCGAUGCGGAGACUCAACACGAGUCUCGUAGAGGGAUCGCUCAAAGAUGCAAAUGCAGGAAGCCGAGGGUGCGGAUGGUUCGCCAUGGAACAAUUCCAGUGGCUGCGACGAGGAUCGCAGACCGGUUCAAAAGGAGGGUAAAAAGUCAAACGUACUACCUCUAUGGGGCAAUGAAAGGACUAUGAAUUUGAAUCCUUUGAUUCUCACCAAUAUACAAUCGUCGCACUAUUUCAAGGUCAAUCUGUAUGAGCUCAAGACUUAUCACGAGGUGAUUGAUGAGAUUUACUACAAGGUUUCCCAUCUAGAACCAUGGGAAAAGGGCAGCAGAAAGACUGCAGGCCAGACCGGCAUGUGUGGAGGCCGGUUCAUGCAGGUACGAGGCGUGGGAGCUGGCGGGAUUGUCUCCACGGCUUACUGUCUACUGUACAAACUCUUUACACUGAGGCUAACCAGGAAGCAGCUAAAUGGGCUCAUCAAUCAUCCGGACUCGCCUUAUAUCCGCGCCUUGGGAUUUAUGUAUAUUAGAUAUACGCAACCACCGGCAGAUUUGUUCAGCUGGUAUAGUGACUAUCUAGAGGAUGAAGAGGAGCUAGAUGUAAAGGCGGGCGGUGGACAAACGAUGAAGAUGGGAGACAUCCUCAAGCAGUUUCUAACGAAACUCGAGUGGUUUUCCACGUUGUUCCCGCGGAUUCCGGUACCGAUCCAGAAGGAUCUAGAGCUGCGACUUGCCGAGCGGUUUCCGCAGCAACAAGUGAAUGCACGCAACGCUAAGCCACCGAUCACGCUCAACAGCCAUGGCAAGUACGGCAAUAAAGAUAGCCGUAAUAAGGACAACGGCAAUCUGAUGUCCCGCAAUCAGCAGGCCCGACAUAUCCCCGACAGCGAAGCUCAAUGGGGUGAGGCGGAACGUACGAGCCACUGGCGUGCCAGAUCCGAUGAGGAUCGCAAGGACAAGAAUAGGGAACGCGAUCGGGAGCGAGAGAGAUUGCGGGAGCGCGACAGAGAAAGAAAUCGUGAAAGGGAUCGCGAAAGGGAUAGGCACGGCAGAAGAUCCAAUAGUCGUGACAGAAACAAAAAGCAGAAAGACUACAGAAGCCAUAGCAGAGAUAAGUCAUACAGAGAUCGAAGUAGGGACCGUCAUCGUGACAGAGAUCGACAUCGAGAUAGGAGAGGUUCACCGUAUGACUAUGCCACAGAAUUGGCACGUGAACGUGAAAGGCAACGAAGAGAGAGAUUUUCUCUCUCUCUCUCUCUUUUUCUGCAUAUACUGUGUACAUAUUUAAUUAUUUAUAUGAAUGAUGGGGAAUAA